UCUCUCCUCCUUCCUCCCCGCCUCUGGCUGCCGGCAGGACCUUUCUCUCGCUGCCGCUGGGACCCCAUGUCACAGCCCAGGCCGAGCACGAUACCCCCUAAAAAGGGAGGUGAUGGAAUUAAACCACCCCCAAUUAUUGGAAGAUUUGGAAACUCACUGAAAAUUGGUAUUGUUGGAUUGCCAAAUGUUGGGAAAUCUACUUUCUUCAAUGUAUUAACCAAUAGUCAGACUUCAGCAGAAAUUCCAUUCUGCACUAUUGAUCCUAAUGAGAGCAGAGUACCUGUGCCAGAUGAAAGGUUUGACUUUCUUUGCCAAUAUCACAAACCAGCAAGCAAAAUUCCUACCUUUCUAAAUGUAGUGGAUAUUGCUGGCCUUGUGAAAGGAGCUCACAAUGGGCAGGGCCUGGGGAAUGCUUUUUUAUCUCAUUUUAGUGCUUGUGAUGGCAUCUUUCAUCUAACACGUGCUUUUCAAGAUGAUGAUAUCAUGCAUGUUGAAGAAAGUGUAGAUCCUGUUCGAGAUAUAGAAAUAAUACAUGAAGAGCUUCAGCUUAAAGAUGAGGAAAUGAUUAGGCCCAUUAUAGAUAAACUAGAAAAGGUGGCUGUGAGAGGAGGAGAUAAAAAACUAAAACCUAAAUACGAUAUAAUGUGCAAAGUAAAAUCCUGGGUUAUAGAUCAAAAGAAACCUGUUCACUUCUAUCAUGAUUGGAAUGACAAAGAGAUUGAAGUGUUGAAUAAACACUUAUUUUUGACUUCAAAACCAAUGGUCUACUUGGUUAAUCUUUCUGAAAGAAAGAAAAACAAAUGGUUGAUAAAAAUUAAAGAGUGGGUGGACAAGUAUGACCCAGGUGCCUUGGUCAUUCCUUUUAGUGGGGCCUUGGAACUCAAGUUGCAAGAAUUUAGUGCUGAGGAGAGACAGAAGUAUCUGGAAGCGAACAUGACACAAAGUGCUUUGCCAAAGAUCAUUAAGGCUGGGUUUGCAGCACUCCAACUAGAAUACUUUUUCACUGCAGGCCCAGAUGAAGUGCGUGCGUGGACCAUCAGGAAAGGGACUAAGGCUCCUCAGGCUGCAGGAAAGAUUCACACAGAUUUUGAAAAGGGAUUCAUUAUGGCUGAAGUAAUGAAAUACGAAGAUCUUAAAGAGGAAGGUUCUGAAAAUGCAGUCAAGGCUGCUGGAAAGUACAGACAACAAGGCAGAAAUUAUAUUGUUGAAGAUGGAGAUAUUAUCUUCUUCAAAUUUAACACACCUCAACAACCGAAGAAGAAAUAAAAUUUAGUUAUUGCUCAGAUAAACAUACAACUUCCAAAAGGCAUCUGAUUUUUUUUAAAUUAAAAUUUCUGAAAACCAACGGGACAAAUAAAGUUGGGGAGAUGGGAAUC